AUGGCUCAGAACAAUGCAUACCAUAUCCUCUUUGCAUGCCUGAUAUUCCUAGCAUGCAGCCAAGGCCAGAAGGCUGAAGAAGGUUUGCCCACAGCUGAAAAGGAUCUUCCUUCUGCCAUGAUCAACUGCCCAGAAGGUGCUAAUGCCUAUGGUUCCUACUGCUACUACUUUGUUGAAGAUCGUUUGACCUGGGGAGAGGCAGAUCUCUUUUGCCAGAAUAUGAAUUCGGGGCACCUGGUGUCAGUGCUCAGCCAGGCCGAGGGCAACUUUGUGGCUUCUCUGGUUAAGGAGAGUGGUACUACAAAUGCCUAUGUCUGGACUGGACUCCAUGACCCCAAAAAUAACCGACGUUGGCACUGGAGCAGUGGAUCUGUGUUUCUCUAUAAAUCAUGGGCCACUGGAGCUCCAAGCACGAACAAUCGCGGUUAUUGUGUGGCACUGACUUCAAACACAGCAUACAAGAAAUGGAAAGAUGAAAACUGUGAUUCACUGUACCCCUUUGUCUGCAAGUUCAAAAGCUAA